AUGACCCACCAAACCCACGCAUACCAUAUAGUUAACCCCAGCCCUUGACCCCUAACAGGAGCCCUUUCAGCCCUCCUCAUAACAUCAGGGUUAGCAAUAUGAUUUCAUUAUAACUCAACACUCCUACUAACCCUCGGACUAACAACUAACCUACUAACUAUAUACCAAUGAUGACGAGACAUUGUUCGAGAAAGCACAUUCCAGGGCCACCACACGCUCGUAGUACAAAAGGGGCUCCGAUACGGCAUGAUCUUAUUUAUUAUCUCAGAAGUAUUUUUCUUCUCUGGCUUUUUCUGAGCCUUUUACCACUCAAGCCUAGCCCCAACUCCUGAACUCGGUGGUUGUUGACCACCCACUGGCAUUUACCCUUUAAACCCUAUAGAAGUACCCCUCCUAAACACCUCAAUUCUUCUAGCAUCCGGAGUAUCCAUCACUUGGGCCCAUCACAGCCUAAUGGAAGGCAAUCGCAAACAUAUACUCCAAGCCCUAUUCAUCACAAUCUCCCUAGGAAUUUACUUCACAUUACUUCAAGCUUCAGAAUACUAUGAAGCACCAUUUACAAUCUCAGACGGCAUUUACGGAUCAACAUUUUUCGUCGCCACAGGCUUUCACGGACUACAUGUAAUUAUUGGUUCCGCUUUUCUUAUUGUCUGCUUCCUACGCCAACUAAAAUUCCACUUUACAUCCAAUCACCACUUUGGAUUCGAAGCAGCUGCCUGAUAUUGACACUUCGUAGACGUAGUAUGACUAUUCCUAUAUGUGUCUAUCUAUUGAUGAGGCUCCU